UCGCAGUCCCGCAGUCGCGGCGAAAAUGUCACCUGGCGGCGAGCUGUCGCUGCCGCUGGCAGCGUCCCGGCGACGCUGGCGCGCGAGCCGCUCGUGACGCAACAGGUAGCACAGCAAGGUUAUAGCAGUCGCGUAGGCGAUCGCGCGCGCCUACUCGCCGCGGCACGCGCGAUAUAUACUCAUAUAUGGGCCUGCGGCGCGUCCGUGUGCGUGAGAGAGCGCGAUAGCCCGCGAGCCAUGCAGGAGCGCCGUCCGCAGGAGCAGCUGGAGCCGGCCGAGCUGGUGGGCCUGGUCGCCCGCUCGGCCGAGGGCACCGCCGCCAAGGGCAUGCCGAUCAAGGGCCACGAGGACCUGUGGGUGGACAUACAGACCAACACCUUCCGCAACUGGGUAAACGAGCACCUGAAGCAGUCGCCGAGGAACUGUGCGCCGGUGAUCGACCUGGCCGAGGAUUUCCGCGACGGCACGCGGCUGUGCGCGCUCGUCGAGCUGCUCACCGGCAGGAGGCUGACCAAGUGGAACCCGAGCCCGGUCAACCAGCACCACUACUUGGAGAACGUGUCGACUGCGCUCAAGGCGGUCGAGGCCGACGGCGUUAAGCUGGUGAACAUUGGUAACACGGACAUCGUGAACGGCAAUCUGAAGCUGAUCCUUGGCCUGAUCUGGUCGCUGAUAGUCAGAUACCAAAUAGGCAAAUCCAAAUUCCCGCCGAGGAAACUCAUGCUCUCCUGGCUCAAGGCUGUCCUACCCGAGUGCAGAGUCAACAAUUUCACGACCGACUGGAACUCCGGUGUAUACUUGAGCGCGCUACUCGACUAUUGCAGGCCUGGACUUUUUCCACACUGGAGGCAGCUCGAUCAUACCGACAACGUGUACAACUGCCGGAAGGCGAUGGAGAUUGCGAAGCGCGAGUUCGACAUCCCGAUGGUGCUGCAGCCAGAGUACCUUGCCUCCGCCUACUUGGACGAGUUGUCGGGCAUGACGUAUCUGUCCUACUUCAUGAAGGAAAACUCGCCGGGCUUCCACUCCACGCUGCGGUGGGUCAACUCGAAGAUACCGUACCAUCCGAUACGAAACUUCACGACGGACUGGAACGACGGCCGCGCACUGUGCAGCCUCGUGCGGAACCUCGGCGGACCGUCGCCGGCGUACGAUAAGAUCGAGACCAACCAAGCUUCGUGGGAGUACAACUUGCAAACUGGCAUCGACGGCGGCAAGAAGCUGGGCGUCGAGCCGCUGCUCAAAGCGAAGGACAUGGCCGACCAGAACGUCGAGCAUCUCGGCGUGAUGGCAUACGCGGCGUUCUUCCAGUGGGUCAGGCCGCGACCGCAGAUCAACGAGCAGGUCUCGGUGCACGUGGACAGCACCUCGGCGAGGGUUUACCAGCCGGCGCACUUCAAGCUCGAGCUCCUGUCGAAGGAGGUCAACACCCGAGAAGUGCGCAGCGAGGUGAUGACGCCAAGCGGUCGAAUCGAUUGCCGACUGACGUGGAGCGGCCUCCAUGGCAAAGGCACCUUCGUGCCCCAGGAACUCGGUAUGCACAGGCUGAUGGUAUAUAACGACGGCGAAUUGUUGAGCGGCUGCCCUUACUACUUUCGCGUACACCCGCCACUCACCAAAAUCAAAUCGCCCGGCAUGGACCCUUGCGCCAUUGGCUCCAUAGUCGAGGUUCUAGUCAAUAGUUACGGCACUAGUCACGAAGGCAUAAGCGUAACGGCGUUGUCGCCGACGGGUCGAUCACUCGCCUGUCCAGUACACGAGAACGGCGAUGGUCUUCACGUCGCGACAUUCCAACCGGAUGAAACUGGCGAAUGGAGCAUCGCCAUCACUCACAAGGGACAGCACAUUCAAGGCGGUCCGUUCGCUUGCUUUGUGUUCGAUCCGCACGGCGUGCAACUGUUGGACUUCGACGGUGCGAUGCCCGGCCGGCCGUUUAGCUUCACCGUAGACGCGACGAGCACCGGUGGAUUAGGCGAAAUCGACAUCGACAUCGUUCACGACAAGCAAUCGCUGCCGCGAACGGUCGCCGAAUUGUCGCACAUGAAGUACCGAGUUUCGUUCGUACCACGGGAUUUCGGCAAGUACAGGGUUUACGUGUACUUCAACGGAUCCGACGUUAGGGGCUCGCCAUUCUCGUUGAGAGUUGGCUCGCAAAAGAGGCGCUCGCACGUGGACAGCUUCGACCGAUCAGCAAGCUCGACUUUGGAAAGGAAAAGCGAGUCACCGUCGUACAAGAGCACCUACAAUUUCGGCAGUCACAAGGCCCCCUCGCCUGGAUGGCACGAAAAACCAUCUUCGCCGAUGAGUCCAAAGUCGCCGUUGUGGCACGACAGUCCGAAAGCUUCGUCGCCGUUGAACUCGAAACCACCACCGCCAGCAGCUUGGCACGACAAAGCUUCGUCGCCAAUGGCCGCCAAGUCUCCAACCUGGCACGAGCCUAAAGCUUCGUCGCCUAUGAUAACCCGCUCGCCAACUUGGCACAACGAAUCUUUGAACCACAAGGUUUCGAAUCAUAAAGCUUCGUCGCCUUUGAAUUCUAAAUCGCCAGCUUGGCACGAGCCUAUGAGUAGCCAUAAAUCUUCGUCACCAGGAUGGCACGAUACACCAAGAACGGUGUAUCAGUCGAAGUCGUCCAGUAGGAGUCCGGUGAAUAUGACUAGUACCGCGCAAACCUCGUUUAGUAAGAGUUCCAGCUCGAAAUAUGCCGAGGAAUACAAUGGCUUUCAUCGGAGGGACUCAAAGGAUAAUGGCAUCAUCGAUACCAGUAGUAAUGUCAAAGUAUCAUCGAUGAUUGGAGGCGCGGCAAGGCGCGACUCGUGGGACGCCAUCGCCAAAACGAAAUCCUUAUUAUCUUACGGUAGCCUUGAAUCCUUGGCCAACCUGACCAACAACGCCUCCAUAACGGAGAGCUCAAACAUCACCGAAACCAUCGAAAAAACAACAAACAAUUACCGCAGUACGCACAACUCUUCGGACGUCUAUUCGUCUCUGAAAAAAUUCUCAAGUUCCGAACGAACUUACUCUCCUAUUAACGACGUCGUCGACUCGUCCGUGAAUUCGCGGGGCAUCUUGAAAACGACGAGUAGCAAAUCGGCAAAUAGCUUCGACUCGAAGAAAACGAUGGAUAUACCGAGCAGUGCAACGACAAUGACGACAACGACGAUCGAAAAAAAGAAAGAAUACGUUAGCAACGAAUCCUCGCAUUCCAAGAGAAGUCCUUACAAUCAGGACGCCACGGUUACCGGUAGUGCUCUGCAAAUGUUGCCCGUGCACAAACCUACGUCGUUUACGCUCAGUGCGAAUCUGGAUGCUAGUAAAAUAGCGGUUAUUGCGACCGGACCGACUGGCAGGCCUGUCCCCGUACAGAAGUCAACGCUCAGGGGUCAGACUUACACGAUAAAUGCCGACCAAGUUGGCGAGCACAAGAUCCAGAUACUCUACAACGGACAGCAUAUCCAAGGCUCGCCGUUCAGAUCGCAAGCCUACGACUCGAAAGCCAUUCAAGUAGGCGAUAUUCCCGACGGUGUUGUGAACGAGCCCGUCGAAUUCGAAAUCGACGGCUCGAAGGCAGGCUCGGGUAAUCUGGAAAUCCUCGUGAACGGCGGUCACGUGACGUCGUUCGUGAAAACGCUCGGCAGUCAACGAUUUCUCGCCUCGUUCGUACCGCACGAGGCAGUCGCUCACCUCGUCGAGAUAACGUUCAACGGCGAGACUGUGCCAGGUUCACCGUGGAAAGUGGGCAUAAUGCCGAGUCCCAAGAUGUCGGUGUUGGGGGACUCGGUGAGGCUCGUACCUGCCGGUAGUCCCGCGGUCUUCGAGCUGUCGGCACUUGGCUUCACCAGCAAAGAAAUCCAAGUGCAGAUCCUCACGCCAUCGAAGCGUCAGAUCGGCGCGCGAAUCGAGGAAGAGCCGAGCCGCCCGGGCGACUUCCGCGUAUCGUUCACGCCGCAAGAGGUCGGCAGUCACCUGGUGGAGGUCAGCAUCGCCGGACAGAAGUUGCCAGCCGGUCCGCUCGUCGCCAAAGUCUACAACAGCGGGCUGAUCAAAGUCACCGAGGUCCCUAGCGCCGUCGUCGGACACGCGUGCCAGUUCCGAGUGGACGCAAGCGCAGCAGGUGACGGUCAGCUGGAAAUCUCGAUAAACGAGGGCGAAGUGCCAAACCACGUUCAAGUAAUCGGUGGCGGAAGAUGUUUGGUCUCCUUCACUCCGGAGUCCGCCAAACCGCACUACAUCGACAUAAAAUUCAAUGGGAAACCGGUGCCAGGCUGUCCAUUCGUCUGCUUGGUGUCGGACACGUCUCGCGUCAGUCUGAACCUCUCUCAUCUAGAACUGCUGCCAGUCGGCGAGCCCGCGAGCUUCCACAUGUCGGUCGACGGCAGCGGCAGCGCCGAGCUCGCCGUGUCGGUUCGCGGACCGUCUAACGAGUUGCCGGUCAAGGUGACCGGCGACAUUCACACCGGCUUCACCGCCGAGUUCACGCCGCGCGAAGUCGGCGUGCACGCGGUGAGCGUCGAGUACAAUGGCCAUCCUGUGAACGGCACCCCGUUCCUGGCGAAGGCGUUUGACGCCGAGCGCGUGGUCAUUGGCUCGGUGGCGCGAGCGAGCGUCGGACAGGCGCAGCACUUCAGCGUCGACGCCUCGCAAGCCGGUGAGGGCAAUCUGGAGAUCACGAUCUCGGCGAGGGGUCAGAACAUACCGACCCAGGUGACACCACAAGGCAACGCAAGAUUCAGCGUGGGCUUCGUGCCGUUCGAAGCCUGCGAUCAUCUCAUCAACAUCGCCUUCAACAAGAGGACUGUGCCCGGCUGUCCGAUCGUCGCGAGGGUCGCGCCCGACGCCUCGGUCACCGUCAGUGGGCAGGCGCUUAGCUCUGCUCCGUUGGGCAGACCCAGUGCACUCACUAUUAGCAAUGUUAUGGGGAGCUUGGAGGACCUGGAAGUUAACGUUGAAGGGCCCAACGGGCAGCCAGUGCCCGCCCAGGUUACCGACAACAAAGACACGACCUGCACCGUGUCGUUUACUCCGCGACUCGUUGGCGAACAUCGAAUAUCCGUCAGUCAUCGAAAUCUGCCUGUACUAGGCAGUCCGUUCAACUGCAAGGUCUACGACGUGAACGCCAUCAAGGUUAAAGAUGCCAAGAAGGGUGUUACCGGUCUACCCGUCACCUUCCUCGUGGAAACCAGCCAAGCCGGACCAGGUAACCUGGAGGUGACGGUGAAUGGCGGUCGCGUGACGACCUCGGCACAAGCGCAAGGGCCACACACCUAUGCCAUCAGCUUCACACCGCGCGAGCCGAUCGUUCACACCGUCGAUCUACGCUUCAACGGCGAGAACGUCCCUGGAAGUCCGUUUAGCUGCCAGGUGAACGACACUGCAAAGGUCCUCGUAAGCGAGGCACUGGAGAAAGUGUCUGUGAACCGAACGGCAAGUUUCAAUAUCGAGGCGGACGCUCGGCCAACCGUUGAUAUGCUCGCACCGACUCGUGAAAGCUUACCCGUGGUGAUCGAGCAGACUGGACCGUGUUCUUACAGCGCUGAGUUUACUCCUAAGGAUGUUGGCGAUCACAGCGUUCAAGUGAAGCUGAACGGCUCUCACGUGCAAGGCAGUCCUUUCCUCGUGAAAGCUUACAAUGCCAACCAAGUGAAAGUCACCGAUAUCAACAGCGGAGUCGUCGGCAAACCCGUCUUCUUCAGCAUAAACGCAAGUCAAGCAGGCGCCGGAAAUUUGGAAAUAAUCGUCGCAGUCAACGGCAAGAACGUCCCUAACUUCGUUCAGAGCGAAGGCAACGCCAAAUUCCGCGUCAACUUCAAACCCCAAGAGGCAGCAAUGCACAGUCUAAGCGUACGUUUCAAUGGAGAACCAGUUCCAGGAUCACCGUUCAGUUGCCAAGUGGUCGGAAUAGGCCAAACUCUCAUUUCCGGUCAUAAUUUGAAAAUGGCCGCGGUUAAGCAACCCAUCAGUUUUGUGGUCGAUCCACAGGCGCCAUCGUGCAAGUGCGACGUCGUCGUGACACCCCCGUCGAAUAUUGCCUUACCCAUUACCAUCGAGCCGAUGGAUAAUAAGUACAAAAUUAGUUUCACGCCCACUGAAGUUGGCAGGCAUAAUAUCGGCAUACUAAUCGAUGGCGAACCUAUAAAAGGUUCACCGUUUGCUUGUAAUGUCUACGAUGUUACGAAGGUUCACGUAUCCGGUCUACGAGAAGCUUUGCUCGGUCAAGCGACCACUUUCACAGUCGACGCAGCUCAAGCUGGUGAAGGAACGCUCGAGCUGGUAGUCAGCACGGAGAACAACACAGUGAAGGCCGAAGUAGUUGCUUGCGCUCGUGGCUUAUACGACGUGACGUUCGUGCCACAGACGGCGAGUGCACACUACGUUAAUAUUAGUUUCAACGACGACAACGUUCCUGGUUCGCCGUUCAAGUGUCCGAUCAUCGAAAGUAUUUUAGAUGGGCCGUCGAUGGUUAGAGUGGGUAAUACGGCUUAUAUGGAUUUGGAUAUGGUGGGCCUGAGUGGAUCAGUUACCGCUGAAGUUAAAGGUCCCGAUGGCGUUAUAAUUCCAUCCAAUUUAACGAAAAUCGACACGAACCUCCACCGCGUUAAAAUUCGAGCGAGACAAGUAGGUGUAUACAACGUCGUGUUCACGCAAGGUCCAAAAGUCAUCAGCUCGCAGUCGCUGCAAGUGUUCGACCCAAGCAAAGUUAUCGUUCAGGAGAUAUCCGACGCGAUUUGCCACCGUCCUGGUACUAUUUUCGUGAUUGUGCCGAAAGAAGCUGGACCAGGCAAGCUUUCCGUAAACGUGCGUUCCGGUGGCACUGAUGUUGAUAGUGUCGUUCGCGAGAAAGACAAUAGUGUUUACGAAAUCAUCUUCCAUCCUACACGUACAGCUCCUCAUCGCGUACAUAUUAAAUACAACGAUGUUCAUAUUCAAGAAAGUCCCUUAGAAAUCGCAGUGCGAGGUCCAACAGGCGGCCGAGAAGUGACAGCUAGUGGUCUUGGACUUUACCAAUCGUGUAUCGGCAAGAUCACAUCGUUCUCGAUAGAGACACUUGGUCGACCAGGCAAAGAAUUUGACGUUGUGAUUAGUAGUCCACAAGGCAAUGCUGUUCCUGUGCGUUGCUAUCAGCAUCGCGAUGGUAAUCUGUUGGCCGAGUUCACAACAAAUUCUAUCGGUAUGUACAAAAUCGACGUUCUCCAUGGCGCGAAACCUGUACUUAGUUCGCCGUUCUUCUGCCAGGCAUUCGACCCGAGCAAAAUAAAAUUGCAAGAGCUGGGACCUGCCACUAUUUCCGUCCACGAUCAUUUUGCUUUGAAAAUAAUCAAAUCAGAAGCAGGCAUUGCGGAACUAGACGUAACAGCAACCUCGCCACUCGGCCAAGAGUUACCCUUGCAGGUGACACCGCUGAACGACGGGGCUGAGAUGAUCGAAUUCGCACCGAAUAUCGCUGGAUCGUACGAGAUAAGCGUGAGUUACGGCGGACAUCCUGUGCCUGGAAGUCCACUAGUUUGCGUUGUCGAAGCUGCUGGACAAGCAAGAGCGAAAGGUCAAGGAUUGAUUAAUGGGCACGUUUCUAAACCGGCGUAUUUCAUGGUGACUGGGAGUCGAACUCCGCCGGCUGUCAGAGUUGAUGGGCCUGAUAGCGUGGCUAAACCAAAUGUUGAAGCUGGCGCUAAUCCCGGCACUUGGAAUGUUAGCUACGUGCCGACGGAACCCGGUGUUUUUGACGUAAGGGUUAGUUGUGCUGGACAACAGCUCCCUGGAAGCCCUUGGCACCCGAAGAUCAUUGAUACGCGUAAUUUGAGAGUAAUUGGUGGCUGGAACGCGCUGUGCGACGAUCUCGGUCGUUUGAAACUGGGCCCUGGCAGUAAAAUUAGCUUCGAUACAGCAGAAGCAGGACCGGGCGAAUUGAGCGGCAACAUUGCCGAUCAGCCAUUAAUAUUUGAAGCGACUACCAGCAACAGACUAAAACUCGCGAUGCCUCAAGUGCCAGCCGGCGAACACAACAUUGAGAUUUUGUUCAAUGGCAUUCUCUUUCCCGGCGCGCCCAAGUUGGCGGUCGUUCCUGAAAUCGAGUCGUCAGUCGCGCAAGACGCAACCCGAGUGAUGCUUCGGGGUCGUGGCUUGUCAGCAGCGAAAUGCGGCGAGCAAGUGAGCUUCACAAUCGAUGGUUCGCAAGCCGGCACCGGGACACCACAAGUACAAAUCUUCUCGCCGACCAGCGAAGUCGACGUGGUAUUGCAACAUCUCGGCAACAGCGUGUACCGCGCGAGCUACACGCCCUUUACGGCCGACCCAUUGCUCAUGACUGUCUCGUGGAACGGCAGGCAGCUGAAGGGAUGUCCCCUACAGAUCAGCGUAUCCAGUGCUGCUGAUGCGACUAGGGUGGUUUGCUCGGGGCAGGGUCUGAAGUACGGGGUGGUCGGACAGGAGAUCAAGAGUUUCAUCGAUACGAGGCGCGCGGGACCAGGCGAGUUGACAGCUCAUUGCGUCGGACCGCACAAAGUAGCGUACUGCGAGUUGUACGACCACGGUGACGCGACUUUCACGCUGAACGUCAAACCGCAAGAGGCAGGCAGGCAUGCAAUGACAAUCAAGUAUGCAGGCGAGCACGUGCCUGGCUCACCCUUCACUCUCAAAGUAUCUGGCGCACCUGAUGCUUCCAAGGUGCGAGUCUACGGCCCAGGCAUCGAGCACGGCGUGCUAGCGACGUUCCAGUCGCGUUUCAUCUGCGACACUCGCGGCGCCGGAGCAGGUCAACUGACCGUGAGGGUGCGCGGACCGAAAGGUGCUUUCCGCGUCGAGAUGCAGCGAGAAACGCAGAAGGACAGAAUAAUACUGUGCCGCUACGAUCCCACUGAGCCCGGAGACUAUAGGGUCGAGGUCAGGUGGGCAGGUGUGCUGGUACCUGGCUCGCCAUUCCCCGUCAAAAUCGUCGACACCCAGGAUGAACUGCUCAUGCUCACACAGGGCGCAGACACUUGCACGACAAGCCAUCACACACUUACGUCAUGGAGAGGAUCCCAGGCUAUACUAUAAAAAUGUUUUUUAUGGGAUUAACGUUAUUAUUAUUUUUUAUGAAGAGAUUAUUGACUAAUAAUAUAUAUGAGUUUAUUUUUAUGUCGUACAUUUAACUUGUAUAAACAUUUUUUAAUAAAUGAAUCUCACUUAUUUG